AUGCAGAAACUCUCCCAUGAGAACGUAAUCUCUGUGUUAGGCGCAGACCAUCUGAAGGAUGCCCAAGGCCUACACAUGUUGAUUUUGAGCGAGUACUGCGCUGGCGGUAACUUAAACGAGCGUCUUAAUCAAAAGAGCACCGACGAGAUGAAUCUAAAAUGGAUGAGACAAAUUGCCGCAGGUCUUGCCUACCUCCAUUCACAGAAUGUCGUCCAUCGCGAUCUGAAACCUGAGAAUGUGUUGUUAACCGCGAAGCCGAAGGAGGAUGUAAAGUUAGCUGACUUUGGUUUGGCCAGAGAGUUUGUAGCACUUAAGAGUAUCGCCGCUCGAAGUGAUGAUGGCUCAUGGCUGCGCGGCUAUGCACAGUUUUACAUGGACUCUGUGGUUGGUACACCUCAUUGGAUGGCUCCAGAAGUGUUCAAUGGCCGUUAUACAGAUAAAGCAGAUGUGUUUUCACUUGGCAUCUUGUUUUUCGCAAUUCUUGAGCGAGAUUCUCUCAAGUUCAACGACAAAGCCUUUUACGGCGCAUACAAGGAAAUUUCUGGAAUUGGCAAAGUUGGCAUUGGAUAUGCAAUGGCAAGGUGUAAUGCAAACACCACGAUUCAAUUCUCACCCCCUGCACAAGGAUCCCGCCCUCUGCAAAGGAUCGCUCUCGAUGCUUUGCAGUACAACAAAGAUAAUCGCCCAAGCGCUGCUGAGAUUCAUAACCGAAUCAUAAAUAUCCAAGCAAGUGUGAAGCUCAGUGGUUCUAGGAAUCAGCAACCGUCGCCAGCUGCGACAGGGUGUUGUUAAACUCCGCAAUGACUUCAUGGUCGCACCGGAUUCCUUGAUGACAGCCUUGCCAGUGAUGUAAACUUUGAGUACUAUAGAAACUUUGUAGCGUGAUCUGUUUCAUUUAAAACUGUACUCCAGUUAAUAUGGCAGGUAUUUUGUUCUUUGCAUAAGCGACGCUAAGGUUGCCACAGUAGUUUCAAAUACGCAGCACGAAUAAAGGAAGCUCCAUAACUUUCAUUCACAGCUAAUGUAAGAUUUGGUGAGAAUGUGAGAUUUUCUUCGAUGAAGCCCUGUAACAUGUAGGAAGAAAUGUAACUAAACAUUAUGUCAAUAAUAAAAAGCAAAAUCUAAUUCGUAUCCUCUUUAAACACACUAAGGCUGCAUUUAUUAUGUAUACCACAAGGGCGGUAGAGGAAUUUGAGGGGGCGUGGGGGGGGGAGGGUCAUAAAAUGUUUUGACAGAAAAGAGGGGUUGUACAAGAUUUUCUGAAUGCAGCAACCUCUUCCUAGAGAGGAAAUUUGCCUUUUGUCUCUUGAUAUAAAUUAUGCAAAGAUAAGCACGAGAGAGGGACAAAAGUUGACAGACACAUUAUACAAGAGUAAUGUCACAUGAUCUGACCUGUACUGGGAAAAAAAGCAUGCAAGUUCAAAGGUCUUUUCUUGGAAACGUAUUGUUUGUCAGUAGAAAAAGAGCGCCAUGGUGUUUUCUCAGUAAGAAAUUGUUCGGUUGCCAUAGAAGCAACAGCGAGCGUUAACUAACAGCAACGGAGAAGUUCUUUGCACCAUUGCCUUGAACACAUAUCACAAUGAAUUCAACAGUGAAAGUUGGAGGUAGAAAGCUAAGAAUCCAACAGAAACUCGGAAGCGGAUUUUUUGGUGUCGUUUAUAAAGUCAAAGAUGAGGCAUCUUCCAGAGUAUACGCUUUGAAAGAUAUCCCGUGGAAGAAUGAUAAGCAAAUCAAGAAUGCCAUUCGUGAGGUUCAAACCAUGAAACAAAUCUCCCACAAGAAUGUGAUUUCUAUAAUAGACGCCUAA